AACAUUUCUCCCUUGAAACAGUGCCAGAUGCGGUGAUACGUUACACAGGCUGAAUCAAACGUGUUUUCAGUGCCUGUUUUGAAAAUAACGGGAUUAUUAAGUAGCUAAUCAGCUGAACGACGGCUAAUGUACUAUCGGAACACAUCGAAGACUAGCAGGAUCCAUUAUGUGAUAUGAACUUAUUUACUUUCAGUUUUCCUUAAAGGAAGUUAGCGCAAUUAGACUGGAAGGCUAAAUGUGCGAUCAUGGAGGGCAGAGGUGAUGAUGAGGCUGCAGAUGGCCAACGUGUUCAGCCAUCUAACGCUAAUGCAUGUCCCUCCCUAUCAGGAGAUGAAAAAUCCAAUGAGAGCAUGGAGGUGGAUGAUGAUUUGUUCAAACACUCUACCACUCUCACCAACAAACAGCGUGGGAAUGAGGUUACAGUACGCCCGGCAACAUUAGACUCUCUGUCCAUACAUCAGCUGGCAGCUCAAGGUGAGGUUUCACAAGUAGCUGCACACCUGAGCAAAGACAGCUCAUUGCUUAGCAGUCAGGAUGAGCGAGGCUUUACACCCCUCAUGUGGGCAGCAGCGUUUGGAGAGAAAGCAGUGGUGGACUUUCUCUUGGAAAAGGGUGCAGACCCAAAAACAAUUGCGCGGGAGCGAGAAAGCGCUCUGACACUGGCCAGCUCUGGAGGAUAUGUGGACAUCGUUGAAGCCCUCCUCAGACAUGGAGUGGACAUUAACACUUAUGACUGGAAUGGUGGAACUCCUCUUCUUUAUGCUGUACGAGGGAACCAUAUCAAAUGUGUAGAGGCAUUGCUAGCCCGAGGAGCAGAUAUGACCAUAGAGUCUGACUCUGGGUACAGUCCAAUGGCGCUGGCAGUUGCCCUUGGGCAUAAGAAAAUCCAGAAAGUGUUGGAGGACCACAUCUUGAAACUCUACAAGCCAUCAACAUGACACUUAUUAAAAUACAUUAAUGGAG